AGAGAUGAGAAAUUUAGUAUUGCACAACUUGUUGUUUUUGCUUUCUGCUGUUGUUACUCAGUUGAGGCUUUUUGAAAAAAGUGUUGUAUCUUGCACCACGAAUUCUGUCAAGUAUUAGCAGUUCAACAAGAUGACAUCAGGUUUUAGUGGAGUGCUUCAGUUGACUGACCUUGAUGAUUUUAUCACACCAUCCCAGGAAUGCAUCAAACCAGUCGUGGUUGAAAAAACCCCAUCAGCAACGGGAGCAAAAAUAAAAAUCCAGGACGAUGGAUCAUAUGUUCAAAUGAACGAUGUGGGACAAGCACAGAAGUUGCAGAGAGUCGACAUUACGUUAAGUGACUGCCUUGCCUGUAGUGGGUGUAUCACUUCAGCCGAAAGUGUUCUAAUUACUCAACAAAGUCAAGAUGAGAUGUUAAGAGUUUUCGAAAACAACAAAAAGCUGAAAGAGGCUGGCAAUGCCAGUGAAGCCAAACUUAUAGUGGUGUCAAUAUCUGUGCAGCCAGUCUUGUCCUUGGCUGCUCGCUUUGGUCUUGCACCUCAGGAUGCCUUUUCUAAGCUGUCAGGCUACCUCAAAAGUAUUGGAGCAGAUAUUGUUCUAGACAUGACACUGUCUGAAGAUUUAUCUCUUCUUGAAAGCGAAAAUGAAUUUCUAGAGCGAUUCAGGUCAAAGCUUGAUGGCUCUAAAGCAAUUUUGCCAAUGUUAACUUCUUCAUGCCCUGGCUGGGUUUGCUAUGCAGAAAAAACACAUGGAUCAUUUAUUCUGCCUUACAUCAGUUCAACUAAGUCACCUCAACAAAUUCAAGGCACAUUGGUCAAGCAAUAUUUAGCAAACACCAAAGGCUAUCGAGCAGCACAAAUCUACCAUGUUACAGUCGAGCCGUGUUAUGACAAGAAACUUGAGGCAAGCCGCAGUGACUUUUUCAGUCAGACCGAAGAUAGUCAUGAUGUCGAUUGUGUAAUAACCUCCCUUGAAUUGGAGCAAAUGCUCACAUCCCAGAAUUUGUCUUUGGCUGAGGUUCCUCCAUCAGACAUAGAUUUUCCAUGGCUGGAAGGCUCAAGUUGUGUUGAGCAGGCACCGUAUCGUGGAACUCUUGUUAGACACAGGGGAACAGGCUCUGGUGGAUAUGCUGAUCAUGUGAUGGCUGUUGCCGCACAGGAACUGUUCCAAGAAAGUGAUGCACAGUUCAACUUCAAAGUUCUUAGGAAUUCAGAUUUUCGAGAGGCCAUUUUGGAGAAAGAUGGGCAGGUAGUGCUAAGAUUUGCUGUAGCUAAUGGAUUCCGUAAUAUUCAAAACUUGGUGCAGAAAUUGAAAAGAGGAAAAUGUCCCUAUGAUUUUGUAGAGAUUAUGGCUUGCCCUUCAGGUUGUCUUAAUGGAGGAGCUCAAGUGAGACCUCAGGAAGGUGGUCUUCAAAAGGAACUGACAGCUCACCUUGAAAACUUGUAUGAGGGGCUGGCUUCUCACAACCCAAAAUCAAAUCCACUCGUACAAGAAAUAUACAGUUGGCUGGGGGGUGCAGGCAGUGAUAAGACUGUAGCAAAUCUUCAUACCAGUUAUCACGCAGUUGAGAAAAUGAAUACAGCCCUCAAUAUCAAGUGGUAGCAAUAUUGGGAAAGAUUAUUUUUAUCACUGUUUCUAAUUAUUAUGGGAGGGUAGAAAUAGCUGUGAAGCAUGAAUUUUGGAAAUAAAUUUAUUACAUAUAGGCAGUGUCA